AUGCGUCUCCCAGCGGCAGAGUCCACCCACACCUCCACCCACCACGCCACCACCACCACCACCACCACCACCAUGAGCUGUGACCAGGACUUUGGAGACGGGGGCAUGGGAGUCACCCUCACACUGCGCCUCCUCAUGCACGGAAAGGAAGUAGGAAGCAUUAUUGGCAAGAAAGGCGAAACAGUGAAGAGAAUACGAGAAGAGAGCAGCGCGAGGAUCAACAUCUCCGAGGGCUCCUGUCCAGAGAGGAUCAUCACCAUCACCGGCCCCACCGACUGCGUGUUCCGAGCCUUCACCAUGAUCACGUUCAAGCUGGAGGAGGAUUUGACUGCCCUGGUAGCCAAUGGCACGGUGACCAGCAAGCCCCCUGUCACCCUGCGAUUGGUCAUCCCCGCCAGCCAGUGCGGCUCCCUCAUCGGCAAGGGCGGGUCGAAGAUCAAGGAAAUUAGAGAGACGACAGGUGCCCAGGUGCAGGUGGCAGGCGACCUCCUCCCAAACUCCACAGAGAGAGGGGUGACGAUAUCAGGGAGCCAGGACGCCAUCAUCCAGUGCGUGAAACUCAUCUGCACUGUGAUCCUCGAGUCUCCUCCGAAAGGAGCAACUAUUCCAUACCGACCCAGCCCCACCCCUGGAACUGUGCUGCUGUCAGGAAACCAGGUGUUCGAGGCAGCAGACUUUGGCUCUCACCCCCUGUUCUCUGUGGCACAGGGAGGAGUGGACCUGCAACAAACAUACGCAGUUCAGAGCCAGUAUGGCAUUCCACAUUCAGAGCUGGCCAAACUGCACCAGUUGUCGAUGCAGCAACAGGGCCUGGCACCCAUCAGCCAAUCAGCCACGCCAGUUCUGCCCGGUGGGUUGGAAGCCAAUUCCCAAACCACAUCUCAGGAGCUCCUCAUUCCAAAUGAUCUGAUUGGCUCAAUCAUCGGUCGCCAGGGCACCAAGAUAAAUGAGAUCCGGCAGGUAUCGGGGGCCCAGAUCAAGAUUGGCAGUCAGAUAGACAGCACCAGUGACCGUCACGUUACCAUCACUGGCACGCCUAUAGCCAUCAACCUGGCCCAGUACCUAAUCACUUCAUGUUUAGAGACCGCCAAAUCCACCGCCCAGUCCUCCUCCAUGCCGUCUCCCGUUGACCUGACCAUGAGCUUCACCCAGCCCGCCCCCCCCGCCUCCGCCUCGUCCUCCUCCUCCUCCCCCCUGGCAGCGAUGGGCGCCGCGCUGCCCCACGCUCCCAUCCUGGGUGCCCCCUACGCCCUCCCCCUCUCCAGCCUCCUGGGAGUGAAAUCCAUCCCUUACCUGGCACUCUCCACCCCUCCCGCCUCAGCAGCAGCGGCGGCCGCGGCUGCAGCGGCGGCCAUCGGAGCGCCCAUGUUGCCGGGGUCGGUGCCGGCAGCGGCGACAGCGGCCGUCCCAGUUCCGGCCCACGCGGCGGCGGCAGCCCUGGCGUCCUACACGGCCAAGAUCUCAUCCUCAGCCAACGGAAUGAAGAAGCCAGAGAGACAGAAGUUUGCGCCAUACUAAUGAAGGGCGAAGGUUGAGAGAAUGAAUUUGUUUCACAAGAGGUAGCCCUUGGGAUGAGGCUAUUUUUAUAGACUGGAAGGGCAGUUGUUUUUUUUUUUUUUUUCUCUUUUCUUCACUCUGUUUUUCUCUCUGUCUUUUUCUUACUCUUUCCCUCACUCUUUCAUAUCUCUUUAUUCUGGCCUCUUUAGAAAAAUAUCAACGUGGGAUGGUGGAAGGUGUGUGAUUUUGGAUGUGACUCAGGCUACAUUUCACAGGUGACAAAAGCAAAGUACACAACAACACAAGGGGCGGCUCUCGGGGCGACAUCAACACUGAUUGUGUGUUUCAGGCCAAGGCGUGGAAUGCAAAUUCUGAUAAAUGAGCGGCCAUCGUAGCUGCCAACUUGCAACUAGCCGCCCGUCCCGGCCUGAUCCCAGUGUGACGGCCAGCCGCCGGAUCACUGUUGUUCUUGUCAUGGCCAAACAAGAGCUGCGGUACGAUGAAGGAGGGUGUCAAAAUUUCCGAUGCCUGAAAACAUUGGAAGCCCCCCUCUCCAGCUCCGUUUCACACGGGCGUAUGCAGGUAGCAUUCUCACCCAAUCCAAAAGACCACCUUCUAUUUGUAGCAGCAAUUGAGAAUCAUUCCUCUGCAGUAGCUAUUCCUAAAUAUUCCACCCAGGAUUACCAGUUCCUGGCUACUUUUUUUUUUUUUUUUUUUUUUUACUUCCCAUUGUGGUUAAGUGGUUAAAGGUUUGUGCAGAAACCGCGCAUUCCACACCGCACACGUAAGCCCGCACGUCUCUUGUGUCUUGUUGUGUACGAGGCCCGAGUGGAAACAGCCAAUCUCACCAUUUUCCAGGCGUCCCACGCGUCAUCUUCCACCCUAGUUGAAAGUGAGUUCUGUGUACUAACGGAGAUUUGUUCAUAACUUGUUUCUGUAGCUCUGCCCUUGAGGAGUGUCGGCGACAGCCCCAGCGGGAGGCUUGGUAGGUGUUGCUAGCUACUGUAUGAUGAUACUGUUGUUUAAGGUUAUCGGGCCACAAAGCCUCUAAAAGCCAUAGAGACUAUUCAGCUUCUCCCCUCCUCGCGUGUCUCCCGCUCUCUUUUUGUUCCCCGCUCCGACUUCUAUUGUAUACUCUCGUAUUUAUUGACUAAUAUGAAAUAUUCCCUCAGAGAGUUUAUAUCACUGGUCACUAACACUGAGCUGAAUGACUAGGCUUUUAUAUACAAUGAUGUCUACUUCUUGUGUAUGACCAUUUCCUGUAUACGACGUCCUUUCUUCUUCCUGAUUUGUUUUCCUUCAUUUUUAAUAUUUGUUGUAUAGAGUUUUUGUUUUUUAAGAAAAAAAAAUACAAGGAGAUGUAAAAAAAAAAAAAAAAAAGUU